UUUGCAUUUCGAACCUUUCUUUUCGGUAGCAGUGAUAAAGUCAAACGCGCGCGCGCACAUCAUAUUUUAUAUUAGACAAAUUUCCACAUAUACAGUCCCAUAUCCAAAAAAAAAGUACAUUUUACCAAACCGCGUCAUUAUAACGGAAAACCACAAAGAACCCAUUAUUGGUAAUACAAUCAAAAUACUGCCACUGUAAAUGCUUCUAGCUUACUUGACUUGUGAAGCUACGAUUAAAGCAAAAGUUUUUGUUGUCGCCGGAACUUCUGCUGCUCUUUGAUUGUUGCAAACGAGCGAAAGCGUUACGAACAAAAGAAAGGUAAAAAUUUUAAAUCAAAGGUUAAGCAAACUGCCCAUAAUCACACAAAAAGCUAACAUAUACUCACACACACACAUCAGAGAUUCCAACUGAAAGUAUACAACAAACAGUGAAUUGUAGUGAAAAUGCUGCGCAAGCAAGCCAUUAAACGGCAACAAGCCAGAAACACGCAGCCGCCGCCCCCUACUAUAGCCGCUCCGGUCCGCUAUCAACGCCGCCGACAUCAACAGAUGUUCCACGCGACUGCAGCAACGUCGCCUAUGCUGCAACGGUUACUGUUAUCUAUGCUGUUGCUUUUGCUGAUGCUUAGCCAGAGCGAAAACACCGUUGAUGCAGCCACAGACUCACCGAUUAAGUUCAUUAAGUUGCCAGCUCAAGCACCAGUAAUCCACUAUACCCAGAGCAAAGAUGAUUCGCCGAUAAUCAGUUAUCGCAACAGUAAGGACCAUACUCCAACUGAUAGCAUUGAAAACGAAACAUCGACGCCGAUUCUAAGCCGUGCUGCUUUGCUUUAUUCCGAGUACAUGAACGCAGCUAUGAAUACAAUGAGUUUGGACGAGGAUGCAGUGCAAAGGCAGCAACGAAGCAAUGCUAACUCCUGCCCUAGAUCGUGUCCGCCAAGUACAACUGUGGGCGCUGUACCGGUUUGCGCUUCUGAUGGUUUAAUUUAUGCGAAUCUCUGCGAAAUGAAGAAAAAGACUUGCUCCCGAAAUGGGUCAAACACAGUGAAGCCCGUUAAAGACAGCUGUGAACGCGCGCGGGGAUCCGAAUGCAAGCACCGGUGUCCUACAGAGAAAGACCCAGUUUGCGGCACUGAUGGCCAUACUUACUUGAAUCGCUGUAUGUUGCGCGUGCAAGCGUGUCGUGUUGGCUUGGCUGCGGUUAGCAUGUCGCAUGUGGGCGCCUGCAGUAACAUCAGUGCCAUACGUGAAUCUUGUCCAGUGGAUUGUAAAAGUGCUCCUAAAGACGGUCCUAUCUGCGCCUCCGAUGGCAAUGUAUACAAUUCGACAUGCGAGAUGAAAUUGCUGACGUGCAGCCAAGGUGUAGUGAAGACCAGUCGGAAGCAUUGCCAAUCGACGCGCAUGUGCCGUGAGUCUUGCUGGCGUGUUGCACGGCCCACCUGCGGUUCUGAUGGGCGUUUGUAUGCCAGCCCCUGCAAGAUGCGAGCAUACAACUGUGGCAAGCAUAUUUUCGAAGUACCGCUAGCAUUUUGCAUGUCUCAAGAGCGAAAUACAAAUGGCAGCAAAUCAGCAGAUAACUGUCCCACCGAAUGUCCUCCUACCUCAGACGCGCCAUCACAAUAUGUCUGCGGAAGCGAUGGCAAUAUUUAUUCAUCGCUUUGCGAAUUGAAAAUGUUAAACUGUGGUCCUCAACGAAAAUCUAUACAGAAAAUGAGCAUGGACAAGUGUAAAACCCGUUUGAAUCGAUGCAAACAGCUGCCGCCUUGCAAAGACUUUAAUAAUUUAUUCGGGUCCAUAUUUUCCUCAAAUCGCAAUGACAAACUGUGUGGCAGUGAUGCAAAAACCUACAACAAUGAAUGUGAGCUUGCGCAUGCAACGUGCUUACGUGGAGUAAAUCUGGCUCAUAUAGGACCAUGCACGGACCUGAAAGCUCAAAGCAAGGAUUGUGGUGAGCGUUGUACGCGCACCGAUAUCGAAAGUGGACCGGUGUGUGGUUCAGAUGGUAAUACAUUCCCUUCAAUGUGUGACUUUAAACGCCGAACUUGCCACAUGCGAGUGGUACCCGUGUCCUUGAAGAACUGUUUACUCACUGCCGACUGUGAGUCGGACUGUGAUGCACAGCCACCGAAUUUCGUAUGUGGAUCCGACAAUAAAUUUUAUAAAUCCGAAUGUCACAUGCGAAAAGAAAACUGCGGUAAACAUGUGUUCGUAGUGCCGCUAAAGCGUUGCCUCAGUAAUAUUCAGUUUAAAGGCUGCUCUCGUAUUUGCCCACGAGAAUUCGAACCGAUCUGUGGAACGGAUGAUAUGACAUAUCUGAAUGAAUGCUUCCUGGAAAUCGAAAAUUGUCGAACGAAUAACACCGUAAAAGUUGGUCACUAUGGAGCCUGCGGACGGCCAGAGGCGCCUUCGUCGAACUACCUUUACUAACAAGGAACGUACGUUCACAGAGCUUCGGCGUCAACAUAGUUUGUUUACUAUUUAAUUUUGUUUUUGCAUUUAUUUAUGUAUUUAAUUUAAUUUUAUUUAUUUGUAUUACACAAACAG